AUGAGGACAUUUGAACAGAAAUCUGAUGAAGUAAAGGUGGGCUUAAUUGCAAUAACACCUUUGCCGGCCAACUCAGAAGGGAAACAUACCGUUGCUAAAUGGCUUAUUUCCGAACACGGGUUCACUUUAGUCUCUCUGCGAGACAGUGGCUGCGCGGCUCAAGACGCAAUGCUUUUCGAAGGACCCAACGAACUUUUACUACACGUCACGAAAAAUUGGAGGAGUAAUUUUGUGACUUGCAACGUUGAAACAAACGAAAUUUUGGAACUCUACAGUUUAACUAAUCCCUUGGGUGAAAGUUUUCAGGAGCUACACCGUCCAGAACAGACACUGGAAGAAUUCGUGAAAGAAGAUGAUGAACGACUUUUUCAAUUGGAAAAAGGUGAACACGGAAUUUCAAAGCGCACUACUCAUGACGUGAUAAUUCAGGCCGACCUCACCAUAAUUAAUUCGUACCCGACACUGGCGAAGUUGUACUCUCAUCUCAAGAAGCUUGAUAUCACCAACUCAGAAAGAUUGAGACCAUCUUGGGAAAAUUAUUUCAUGCACCUUUCGGACCUAGCGGCAUUAAGAUCAAAUUGUAUGAAGCGUCGGACAAAAGCGGAUUUCAUGGAACUUCCAUCUGAUUAA